UGUCGAUACCUAAGCUCUUUACCUGGCUGGACUUUCCGAGGAAGCGCACAGGUGCUGAAGUGAAUACAAGCUAGAAGAUUUCUUCUGCUGAUUCGCUCCUACAGAUUCUUUGGUUCUACUCUCAAGUCGCAUUCGUGCGCACUUUUCUCAAGCAAUAUGGCAGCCAACAAGCAGGGAAAGAUGCAAAACCUCAUCAACUACCGGAUGAGAGUUACCCUGAACGAUGGGCGACAGAUGACGGGACAGAUGCUCGCAUUCGAUAAGCACAUGAACCUGGUCCUCGCCGAUACAGAAGAAUUUCGUCGUGUCAAGCGGAAAGCCAAGUCGGCCCCCGGCAACGCGCCCCUCGUUGAAGCGGAAGAAAAGCGAACCCUUGGCCUGACGAUUGUGCGCGGUACUCAUGUUGUUUCCUGCUCCGUCGAUGGACCUCCUCCCGCCGACCCCUCAGCACGACUUGGAACUGGUGGCCCCAAUGUUCCCAGUGCCGCCGCUACUCUCGCUGCUGGCCCUGGAAUUAGCAAACCCGGUGGACGUGGUCUGCCGGUUGGACUUGGAGGACCUGCUGCUGGUGUCGGUGGUCCGCCACCUCCCCCGGGUGGUUUCCCUGGAUUCCCUCCUGGUGGUUUCCCAGGCGGUCCCCCACCUGGCUUCGGUGGACGUGGGGGCCCUGGAGCUGGACCCCCCGGUUUCGCUCCUCCACCAGGAUUCGGUGCUCCUCCAGCUCCUGGCGGUUUCCAGCCUCCACCUGGCUUCCAGCCUCCGGGUCAAGGCCGGGGAUACCCUCCACCAGGUUUUGGAGGGCGGUGAUUUGAAAAGUGAAGGAGUGGUAUGAUAGCUUGACAAUACAACUGUGGCUGCGUUGUUACUAUCAGCGACAAAGGACAAACGGAGAUCUAAGCGAAACUAAAAGAGCUGCCCAUCAAUUUGUUCUCUCUUGGCUAGGGAACAAGCACCUCAAUUUUUACCAGGCAAAGGCGUUGCGGCGUGUGCGGAUGCAAGGAAUGCCGAGAGAAAUACAUGGUCAAACACGGACUCUAGGAAGCAGAGAUGUAAUGCUAGGUCUGCGUCGAACACUAUUUUAUAGUGAAUCUUAAUACUACAUGAAAAUAGAUAAAAAAACAAUUAAUUCGCUCUCAUUCGC